GCCCGUAUGUCUAGCACGAAAAUUGUCACGACCUGCUGCAGGUCUAUUACCAAAUUGGUGGUCAGCAUCGGCAGCGGCGAGACCCAUAUUACCUAUGAAGAUAACACCGCUCGCUCUUUCUGCACGAACCCCUCCUGGUUUCCAUGUGGUGGACUGAUGAAUCUCAGCCUGAUAAGUGAACCAUCAGAAAAAGAUUAUUUCAAGCAGGCGACAGCCUUCUUGAAGAGACAUUUCGGAAGAAAGCCAACUGUUAGGGCCUCCCAGGCCAGCCAGCAGCGCCUUGAGUCGUUGCAGUUGAAUGCCUUGGAGGUCAACAGUGAAGGCAAUUUAGUGGAGGACGAAGAGCAGCGAGAUAUCUGGCAUAGCUGGGGCUUAGAAGAAGUGAAACUACCGCCCAGUCAAUAUGCGGAGAUCAUAGAGUGGAUAGCUCCCAAAACAGAAUCCCUAAGGAUAUCCAAUCGUUCGUGGCACUUGGAAAACUGCAUUGCCUGGCGUUAAUUGUUAGCCACAAAAAUGAAUUGCUACUGUCAGCGCAUCAAACAAUUCAUGGACAAGGUCAACACUCUCGUCGACCUAGAAAUGGAACUGGAUGAACCCUCGGUGGACUUCUCGUCUCUGUCUCCUAGGUUGACCGAGAAUGUGUUGUCUGCCAGCGAAUUGCUGAAGGAAUUGAACGAUCUCCUGGACCUUCAAGACAAAGUAACCGCUAUACGAAUGCCAGUUGGAGUACGAAAAUUGAAACACUUCUCGCUAUAGGAGUGCUGACCCCUUAAUGUUUGCAUAGAUUGUAUUUAUUUAUUAUUAAAACAUUUCUGUUGUAUUCUCAUAGUA